CCACAGGAUUUAACAAGUCUACAGAACAAAACCCAGUUCGUUAGCAGUGCAGAUAUUCACUGAAUGGACCUCAGAAGAUCUGCAUUUUAGCCAGGGAAUUCAUCAGACCUGGGAGAGCCUGGCACCAUGGAGAACAGCUUCAGGAUCAGAAAAGGUCUGUAUCUUUUGUUCUUGCUCUCUCUGUCUGGAGUGGUGGGUGUCUCCGUUCGUUAUUCUUUGCCUGAAGAGAAGAAAAGUGGGUCUCUGGUGACAAAUGUGCUGGAGGAUUUGAAACUGGGGCCAGGGGAGCUCUCUGCUCGCAAAGCCCAGCUGGUUUCCAAAAGCAGUAAGCACUAUUUCCAGCUGGACACUCAUUCUGGGAAUCUGUUUGUAAAUGAAAGAAUAGACAGAGAAGCUUUGUGUGACCAGACUGAACCUUGCUUGCUUCUUUCUAAAAUUGCCCUGGAGAAACCUUUAGAGAUCAUCAGUAUGGAAAUAAAGAUAGAGGAUGUGAAUGAUAACGCUCCAAAGUUUUCUAAAGCUGAAUUUAAUCUACAAAUUCCUGAGAUUGUCCCUAUAAAUACCCGCUUCCCCUUGGAAACUGCCCAAGACAUGGACUUAGGGGGAAACAGUGUCCAGAACUACACACUGAGUCCCAAUGAGAAUUUCAGAUUGGAUGUACAAAGUGAUGAAUUUGGGAGCAAAUCUGUGGACCUUGUUCUGGUGAAACCACUAGACAGGGAGAAGGAAUCUCAGUUUGGGCUGACUCUCACAGCUGUUGAUGGAGGGAUGCCACAGAGGACAGGGACAGUUAUAAUCAAAGUCAAUGUCCUGGAUAGCAAUGACAACUUCCCUCAGUUUACACAAUCUGAAUAUAAAGUGAAGCUAAAGGAAAACAGUCCUCGUGGUACUCUGGUGUCUAAAGUGGAAGCCAAAGAUUUGGAUUUUGGUACAAAUGCACUGAUAUCUUACUCAUUCCGCCGAGUGCUUGAGAAAAUAAGCAACUUGUUCUACCUGGAUGAAAACACUGGAGAAAUCACUGUUUUGGGUCCAAUUGACUAUGAAAAAGAAACCAGCUAUUACAUGAACAUCAAGGCAACAGAUGGAGGAGGUCUUUCUGGACACUGCAAAGUCAUGGUGGAAAUCGAGGAUGAGAAUGACAACGCCCCUGAGAUAUCGGUCAUAUCCAUCUCCAGCACUGUACAAGAAGAUUCUCCCCUGGACACUGUGGUGGCGCUUUUCAGUGUCACAGACCAAGACUCUGGGGAUAACAGUAGAACUUCAUGUUCUAUGGAAACAAACCUCCCGUUUGUGUUAAAAGAUAGUGGGAGUAACAAUUACCAGAUUGUGACCCAAAGUCCUUUGGACAGAGAGAAGGUUCCUGAGUAUAACAUCACCAUCACAGCCACUGAUAGGGGCUCUCCCAGGCUCACUUCCAUUAGAACGAUUAGUGUCAAGAUCUCCGACAUCAACGACAACCCUCCAGUGUUUGAGAAGGUGAAGUAUGAGAUGCAGUUGUGGGAAAACAACAUUCCAGGCCUGCUGAUGGGUUCGGUCCAGGCUGUUGACCUGGACGAGGAGCAGAAUGCCCAGGUGACCUACUCUCUUGUGCCUGGAAAUGCCAGCGGUGCUCCUGUGGCCUCCUUCGUUUCCAUCAACUCUGAGACGGGGAAUCUGUACGUCCUGCGAUCUCUGGAUUACGAGCAGAUCAAGGAGUUCCAAGUGACCGUGAGGGCUUCAGACGGGGGUUCUCCUCCACUGAGCUCGGAGGUUGUUGUUCGAGUUGUUGUCCUGGAUGAAAACGAUAACGCUCCCUUCUUCCUCUACCCACUUCAGAACAGCUCCUCCCCCUGCAACGACCUGAUCCCCAAGUCAGUGGAGGCUGGUUACCUGGUGUCCAAGGUGGUGGCUGUGGAUGGGGAUUCGGGCCAGAACUCUUGGCUGUCCUACGAGUUGCUGAAGGCCACAGACCCCAGCCUUUUCAGCAUUGGAGCCCAGAACGGAGAAGUGAAAACCAGGAGACCACUCACGGAGCGAGAUACCAACAAGCAGAGACUCAUUAUCCUGGUCAGAGACAACGGGCACCCUCCCCAGACCAGCACUGCAACCCUGAAUGUACUUCCGGUGGAUGGCUUCUCAGAUCCUUAUCUGAAUAUUGCCAGUGUCAGUCCCGAAGCAAGCGAAGAAGACGGCUCCUUGACGAUGCAUCUGGUGAUCUGCUUGGCUGCCGUGUCCUUCGUGUUCCUCAUCUGCAUCAUUGUGUUUGUGGUCAUCAAGAUGCACAAGAAGGAGUCUAGUUUUAUCACUGCCCUUCCUCAGUUCCCACCUGUCUUACCUGAGAUCCCAGAAACUGGUGUCGAUUCUCAGAGUGGGUCACUUUCCCGGGCUUACCACUAUGAUGUUUGCCUAACGGGUGGAUCCUUAAGCAGCGAGUUCAGAUUCCUCAGGCCUCUCAUUCCUGUGUAUUCUAUGGGGGACCCAAAUUGUUCUGGAAAUCACAGAAUUUCUUCUGUCUCUCAAGAGACUCCUGAAGAGGUGGAGGGCCGAAAGCCAAGUGAACAAAGGUGUGGAACUCUUUUCGACUGUGAGUUGCGGUGACUGGACAGCUCUUGGUGUGAUUUGUGGACACUCGAGAGACCCUUUUGCUAAAACCUUCAGUUUGGGAUUUGUUUUGUCUCUUGAUUUGGAGUUACCUUCAUUCUGUCUGGACUGGACAGUUACAAGGCUCUAUGCCUUCAAGUGGAUUACAAAAUCUUUUGAUAUGGAAAAUACAAGAUCUGUAGACUUAAAUACAUUACACAUUGACAAGUACCUAAAUUGGGGCAAUAAAGGAAAAGUUAUGUGUAACCUCUUUGGUCAGUGAGUGGCAGUAAUGAGGUAAUCUCAGAGUGAUUUACAAGCAUUUGAGAUACCCUUCUGUAAAAGCAAAAGAUCGUUGCAGAUAUGCUGGGUUAGAUUUCAGCUGAAAUUUGGUAAAAUAUUUUCAUCUGGGGAUAGCUUAAUACCAUUGUAGUAAGACUGUUACCAGACAAUGAGAACAGAAACAGUUUAAUCUCAUACCUCACAUUCUUAAAUAAGUAACCAUUUCCUGGAAUGUUAUAUCUGAAUUAUUGAGAAGCAUUUUGAUGUGUUGCUGGCACCUUGAGGAAUUGAGAAAGAAUUCCAAUUCUGAUCUUUCUAUCUUUGAAGAUGUCCAAAAGCUCAGCAGAGAUGAUCAAACAGCUCUUACUAAACUCUCAACAGAUAAGUCAUUCAGAGAUUAAUAUGACAGAAGAUCUCAAAAGUGUGGAAGAGGAGAUUAAACAAUCAGAAUUUACUGCACGAGAAGACUUAAAAAGACAAUUGCAGAAUUUCAAACAGGAGCUUGCUUUGACUAUGUCUAUAAUUAAAGAUUCAGAAUCAACAGAUGAAAUAGAUCUUGAAAAAAUAAUUCAUUGAGAGUCUACGAAAAUAUUCCCCACCUGGUGAAGAUCUUCUUGAUAUUGAGCAGACGUACAGAGAACCAUUAGCAGAAAGGACGGCAUACUAAUCUUUCAAGACAUGCUGAACAUGUUCCAGAGUGAACCUAACUUUCUAAAACAAAUUCCUUUGAAAGAAGAAACAGAAUAUACUUGGAAAUUUUUACUAGUCUUAGAAAUGUUCCUAUCUACAGGGAAAAUAAGUAUAAAAACUGCAAAUCAAGCAAAACAAUUGGCAGCACAUCUUACAGAGGAAGAUUUCUUCAAAGACUCCAGGAUUGACUUUAGAGAAAAGCCACCAGACAUUAUAAGUAACACAGGAAACCGCAAGAAAAUGGAUAGACUCUUGAAAUUUCAAGAACAGCCUCCAGAGAAAAAACCUCCAGAAUAUCUUUCACCCAGAAGGUUGUAAGAAAAACGAUAAAAAAUAUUGGAGUCUAUUCUGGAAAUGUAGUCAGAAAUCUGUUAUAUUUUUUCUUAUAUUAGAAGAUUUAAAAUGUUGGAUAUUAAUCUACACUAAAAAUGUAAAACUCCAUAUAGACAAUGAUAUGUAAUCUCAAUGUGAACUAAUUACAUUAGUAUGUUAGCCAAACUUAUAUAUUAAUACUUUUUUUCUAUAUUAAUUAGAAUAAUAUUUGGUAUUCUUUUGUACAAGUUUUUAUCUUACUAAUAUGAUUUUGAUGUAUAAGAGUACAAAUUAAUGUAUACCGCUCUAACAUAUAUAAUUCCAAUAUGAAUUUAUUUACCAACUAUAGUAAGUGUAAUAGAUGCCUCUAUAUGGAAAUUUGAAAGAGUUCCCAUAUAAGAGAAUUGGGAAAUUACAAUGAGAUAAUACUUUUAUAUGGGAAAAUUAACUGAAUAGAAAUCCAGAAUAUUAACUGAAAGCAAAUGAAUAGUCUUACCUUAAAGAUUAUAGCAUAUAAAGUAGUAUUAAGUUUUUGUUUUAUUAAUAUGACUUUAAUGUACAAGAGUAUAAAUCAAUGUAUGUCCUUUAACAAGUAUGUUAGUAUGAAGGGACUGCCAAAUGUAUCUACCAAGUUUGUUUCCCCCCCUUUUUCUUUAUUAUACUUUGAAUUGUUCAACUAGCUAUUAAUGUAGGCCUAUUUAUUAUUUAUUAUUUUCUUCUUUUUUCUGUAUUGCAUCUAUUCUGUGGAAAAAUAAUAAAUAAUUUUUUUAAAAAAAGAAAGAAUAAUCUCUUGGCUGUACACAUGGAUGGCGGAGGUAGAAGGCCACCUGCAAUGAAACUAAUUUGAGAGGGCCAGGUGACAGUAUCUUGCCCAAGGACUUUGAUCAUCUGAAGUUUCUCUGGCCUUUUUGGGGAAAUACGACUGGGCCAGAAACAGAUUAAAAACACGCAUU